AAAUAAAACCUGGUAGGAAUGUGGAACAAUGGAAAGGCUUUAGGACUUUCUGUCAUUGGUUCUUGCUCAGCUCUGUUCUGAAUCAGCUCAUCUUUAAAAUAAUUCUCUUUAAAUCAGCCACCCAAGAAAGAUGUCCAGAAAGAUCACUGUGGCCCAUUUUACAAAGUUUCACAAAUUGAAAUGAAACUGUGACCCACAGAAACAAUUGCUGUCUGGUGGUUUGGAUGUUUUUUUUUUUGCAAAGUUGAGUGUAUUUACAAGAGGAAAUCUGGAGAAGAAUAUCCAUUACUAAAUGCAAUUAAAAGGGAGGAAAAAACAACAGCAACUCACUGCAAUUCUUGUAAAGAGCUCUGCGAAACCUUUGGGAAUAGAAGCCACUGAUGCUUCUGGUUCCAGAAUUGUUCUUAAUUAUCUUAUUGCUCUAUUCUGUCUUCUUCUGGUGAACUUCCCUGGAAUCUGAGAAUCAGCACAUGCCACACUUUUGCAGACAAAUGAAGUGGAGAAGCAAACUCUGAGGGCUUUUCAGUCCAGGCACCUUGGAAGGAGGAAUAUCUGGCACCAAAUUCCUGGAGAUCACUGGGUGUUUACUGAGACUGGACUAUUUUUUGGAAGACGGGAUUUUUGUCAGUAUUUACUGCCUGCUCACCAUGUCCUCCAUCCUUGGGAAGAUGAAGAAAUUCGGCAGCUUUGACAUGGAGGAAUCUGAAGGGGCAGAUGAACAUGCAGAAGGGGAGGACUCUGUCCUGGAAACAUCUGACAGCUCCCAGGGCCCCCCCAGCACCAGGGUGCAGCCACCCAAGAGCAACAUCUUUGCGAGGCGUGGGCGGUUUGUGAUGGGGGACAGCGACAAGAACAUGGCUCCCAUGGACUCCUUUUACCAGAUGGAUCACCUGGUGGCACCUUCUGUCAUCAAAUUUAAUGUCAAUUUGGAGAGGGGGAAACUUCACAAGCUCCUGUCUACAGAUUCCAUCACAGGCUGCUCAGAAAAAGCUUUCAAAUUUUACGACCGCAGAAGGAUCUUUGAUGCCGUAGCCCGAGGCAACACAAAGGACCUGAGUGACCUGCUGCUCUACCUUAACAGAACCUUCAAGCAUCUCACAGAUGAGGAGUUCAAAGAGCCUGAAACUGGGAAAACCUGUUUACUGAAAGCCAUGCUGAACCUGCAUGACGGGAAAAAUGAUACCAUUCCCUUGCUGCUGGACAUUGCAAGGAAAACUGGAACUCUGAAAGAGUUUGUUAAUGCAGAAUACACUGACAACUACUACAAGGGCCAGACUGCUCUUCACAUCGCCAUCGAGAGAAGGAACAUGUACCUGGUGAAGCUCUUGGUCCAGAACGGAGCAGAUGUUCAUGCAAGAGCCUGUGGGGAGUUCUUCAGGAAAAUCAAAGGGAAAUCUGGCUUUUAUUUUGGGGAGCUGCCCUUGUCCCUGGCUGCCUGCACCAACCAGCUCUGCAUUGUGAAAUUCCUCCUGGAGAAUCCCUACCAGGCAGCCAACAUUGCUGCUGAGGAUUCCAUGGGCAACAUGGUCCUGCACACCCUGGUGGAGAUCGCAGAUAACACCAAGGAUAACACCAAGUUUGUAACCAAGAUGUACAAUAACAUAUUGAUCCUUGGGGCCAAGAUUAAUCCAAUCCUGAAGCUGGAAGAGCUCACCAACAAGAAAGGGCUGACUCCAUUAACCCUGGCAGCCAAAACAGGGAAGAUAGGGAUUUUCGCUUACAUCCUCAGACGAGAGAUCAAAGAUCCCGAGUGCAGACACCUGUCUAGGAAGUUCACUGAAUGGGCAUAUGGACCUGUCCACUCCUCUCUUUAUGACCUGUCCUGUAUAGACACAUGUGAGAAAAAUUCAGUGCUGGAGAUUCUUGCCUACAGCAGUGAGACACCAUCUGGUACGUGCUGGUCCCAGCAAGACUCUCCUCUUUCUCCUUCUGCUCAGAACCGGCACGAGAUGCUGCUGGUGGAGCCCCUUAACAGGCUCCUGCAGGACAAGUGGGACCGGUUUGUCAAGCACUUGUUUUACUUCAACUUCUUUGUCUACACCUUGCACAUCAGCAUCCUCACUGCAGCUGCUUACUACAGACCUGUGCAGAAGGACCAGAAGCCUCCCUUCGCCUUUGGUCACACCACUGGGGAGUAUUUUCGAGUGACUGGAGAGAUCCUGAGUGUUCUGGGAGGCCUCUAUUUUUUUUUCAGAGGGAUCCAAUACUUCGUGCAGAGGCGCCCGUCACUCAAGACGCUGAUCAUUGAUGGCUACAGUGAAGUUCUUUUCUUUGUUCACUCCUUGCUCCUCCUGAGCUCUGUGGUGCUGUACUUCUGUGGUCAGGAACUCUACGUGGCUUCCAUGGUGUUCUCCUUGGCCCUGGGCUGGGCCAACAUGCUCUACUACACCCGUGGCUUCCAGCAGAUGGGCAUUUACUCUGUCAUGAUUGCCAAGAUGAUCCUUAGAGAUUUGUGUCGCUUCAUGUUUGUCUAUCUGGUGUUCCUCUUGGGAUUUUCUACAGCUGUGGUGACUUUAAUCGAAGAUGACAACGAGGGGCAAGAGACGAACACCCCUGACAGUUCCCGCUGCUGCCACGUGAAACGAGGCCGCACGUCCUACAACAGCCUGUAUUACACCUGCCUGGAGCUCUUCAAGUUCACCAUCGGCAUGGGGGACCUGGAGUUCACAGAGAACUACAGGUUCAAGUCUGUCUUUGUCAUCCUCCUGGUUCUCUACGUCAUCCUCACCUACAUCCUCCUGCUCAACAUGCUCAUCGCGCUGAUGGGGGAGACCGUCAACAAAAUCGCCCAGGAGAGCAAGAGCAUCUGGAAACUGCAGAGAGCCAUCACAAUCUUGGACAUCGAAAACAGCUACUUGAACUGCUUGAGGCGCUCGUUCCGCUCCGGGAAGCAAGUCCUGGUGGGGAUCACACCUGAUGGCCAGGAUGAUUACAGAUGGUGCUUUAGGGUUGAUGAAGUGAACUGGUCCACAUGGAACACGAAUCUGGGCAUAAUCAACGAAGACCCCGGAUACUCCGGGGACCUCAGGCGGAAUCCCAGUUUCUCUAUUAAACCUGGCAGAGUUUCAGGGAAACACUGGAAAACGUUGGUUCCGCUUUUGAGGGACGGAAGCAGGAGAGAAGAUGCUCACAAGUUACCAGAGGAAGUCAAAUUAAAACCUGUUUUGGAACCUUAUUAUGAGCCAGAAGAUUCUGAGGUGUUGAAGGAGUCACUUCCAAAGUCAGUCUAAUCUUGCUUUAUUUUUAGGAAGAAGUUUAAUUCCAGUUGUCUGUGUUGGCCCUGCUGGAAAAAGGCCAGAGGACUUAGGAAAUUAUAGUGUGCAAGGAUUCACUAAGUAUGCUCAAUAAAAUACUUGUUGGUUAAGCUCAUGUCUUCAUGGUUAUUUUUAGCAGAACCUUCUGUCUGCUUUUAGAGUCUCUUUCUUGUAAGAAGUAUUUUUAUGAGC